AGUAGCCUUAUCUUAUACUUGUGUUACAAUAUUUUCCACUUUGUAAUAACAAAACCAAAUGCACACCUCAUUUUUAUCACCACCAUUGCUUGAGCUUCACCAUCAAAAAUGGCCUCCAAAAUGGGGUUUACCAUAACUACCCCUAAGUUCUUUAAUGCCCCCUUUCGUAAGCCUUUCAUUUAUGCUUCUUCUUCACCAUGUUCAACAAGGGCUCAUCAGACUAUUCACUUCAUUAGAAGAAACCACCUGCCCAUCAGAAGAGUCAUCUUGCUUUCCCCUAAGGCUACUACUGAUCAACCAGGUCAGGUCCAGGAAGAUGAGGUCCAGGACAGUAAUGUACUGCCCUAUUGCAGCUUAGAGAAGAAAAAGAAGUCAAUGGGGGAAAUGGAACAAGAAUUUCUGCAAGCACUACAAUCGUUCUAUUACGAAGGAAAGGCUAUUAUGUCGAAUGAAGAAUUUGAUAACCUCAAGGAAGAACUAAUGUGGGAAGGAAGCAGCGUUGUUAUGCUAAGCUCUGAUGAGCAGAAGUUCUUGGAAGCAUCCAUGGCUUAUGUAUCAGGAAACCCUAUUCUGACUGAUGAGGAAUUUGACAAACUGAAGCUGCAAUUAAAGAUGGAUGGAAGUGAUAUUGUUGUUGAAGGACCGCGGUGCAGUCUUCGUAGUAGAAAGGUGUACAGUGAUUUAUAUGUUGACUAUCUCAAAAUGUUCCUAUUGAAUGUUCCUGCAGCUGUGGUUGCAUUAGGAUUAUUUUUCUUCUUGGAUGAUUUGACAGGAUUUGAGAUCACAUAUCUAUUGGAGCUUCCAGAGCCAUAUAGCUUUAUUUUCACCUGGUUUGCUGCUCUGCCCCUGAUAUUGUAUUUGUCUCAAACAUUCACAAACUUCAUUAUAAAGGACUUUUUGAUCUUAAAGGGUCCCUGCCCGAAUUGUGGUACAGAGAACACAUCUUUCUUUGGGACCAUCCUUACAAUAUCUAAUGGUGGUUCAAGCAACACCAUUAAGUGCACAAACUGUCAAACAGCUUUGGUCUAUGAUUCAAAAACACGUUUGAUAACGCUACCAGAAGGAACUUAAGGUGAGUCCUCAGUUGAUCAAUUAGUAACAUCUUCAAGGUCUCAAUGCAGCGUUGAAAUAUAUGAUGGGAUGAGCUACGCAAAUGGCAUGGAGAGUUUUGCAGUACAUGCAUAUAUAGUAGUAGGAAGAAACAUCGGUCCUAAGAGAGGAGAACUCUAUCUGGAUGUGACAGUUGUGUUGUCUGUUCAUAGCACUGUAGUAAUGUUUGUUUGUGAUGUACAGGCUUCGUUCCUCUACAAGCAUGAAUUGUAGUCAAUUAUGAUUUAAACCUUCUAUUAUACUACACAUGUAUAAAUAUCAAGUUGCUAUCAAAUCAUUUUACAUAUCCA